AUGGCCUCGCUGUCUCGAACUGCCCAAGACAGAAAACGGACGUCGAUGAUCGCCCAGGUCAUGUUCCGCGCGAGGAAGGUCCACGUCCAGCAGCUCGAAAAUAGGGUGAUGGAGCUCCAGAAAGUCUUAGAGUUUACUGCAGAGCAGCUUGCCGUCGUCUGCGCUCCACUUGUGCGGAUGCGAGACCAGAUCAUGCAUGGAAGUGUGCCGAGGGGAGGGAGGUACCACCACGACUGUCUCAAGCAAGCCGUAUCGACGCUGGAGGCCGUACUGGCCCGUCGCCUGCAGCAGGCGUCGACCGCCUCGCUUGUGCCUACAGCGAUACAUGGAAUCGGGCAGCUAAAAUGUCGGCUGUAG